AUGACACCAAACUGUGCACCAGGACACCAAACUGUGCACCAGGACACCAAACUGUGCACCAUGACACCAAACUGUGCACCAGGACACCAAACUGUGCAUCAGCACACCAAACUGUGCACCAGGACACCAAACUGUGCACCAGGACACCAAACUGUGCAUCAGCACACCAAACUGUGCACCAGGACACCAAACUGUGCAUCAGCACACCAAACUGUGCACCAGGACACUAAACUGUGCACCAGGACACCAAACUGUGCACCAGGACACCAAACUGUGCACCAGGACACCAAACUGUGCAUCAGCACACCAAACUGGGCACCAGGACACCAAACUGUGCAUCAGCACACCAAACUGUGCACCAGGACACCAAACUGGGCACCAGGACACCAAACUGUGCAUCAGCACACCAAACUGGGCACCAGGACACCAAACUGUGCAUCAGCACACCAAACUGGGCACCAGGACACCAAACUGUGCACCAGGACACCAAACUGUGCACCAGGACACCAAACUGUGCACCAGGACACCAAACUGUGCAUCAGCACACCAAACUGGGCACCAGGACACCAAACUGUGCACCAGCACACCAAACUGGGCACCAGGACACCAAACUGUGCACCAGGACACCAAACUGUGCACCAGGACACCAAACUGUGCACCAGGACACCAAACUGUGCACCAGGACACCAAACUGGGCACCAGGACACCAAACUGUGCACCAGGACACCAAACUGUGCACCAGGACACCAAACUGUGCACCAGGACACUAAACUGUGCACCAGGACACCAAACUGUGCACCAGGACACUAA